AUGAAAGUACACAUACGCAAUUGGCACGGCGUUGCUACUUGGCACUGGAAGGCUGCUAACAGUGAGAACGGCGAUGAUGAGCUCUGUGGCAUCUGCCGUGUACCUUUCGACGGAACUUGUCCCAACUGCAAGUUUCCUGGCGACGACUGUCCCUUGGUGCUAGGAAAAGGGUGUACACACAAUUUCCACCUCCAUUGCAUUCUUCAGUGGCUCGAGCAAGAGUCAUCACGGGGGCUCUGUCCGAUGUGCCGCCAGACGUUCAUAGCGCAGACGGUGGAGGGGGUGGGCACGGAGAAGGCUCUUGAGGACUUGAAGAUGUUGGUCAGCAGACACCAGGCCCAGCAGGAGCAAGGAAAUGUGAGCGGAGAGUACGAAGCUUUCAGUGAGCUUCCGCAGGCGACCAGAGAAGCGACAUAG